AUGGCAUCUCCACCUAGAAAUCCCCUUCCAGCCGAAGAUGAUGUCCACAACGAUGCUGCAGCACCUGAACCGGCAGACCCAAAUCUGGCCAUCAUUGUUCAUCCGGUCAACCUUGAUGCUCUUCCUAUCAGCUACAUUGAACCGGGAGACGAGCUGAAUCCGAUUGACCCAGACAACUUCGAUUUCGUGGGUCCCUCUUCCACUGCCGGAAGAUUUCCAACUCGCCGGUCCAAGCGCAUGAACCCCUUCCCAGAUCUGAAUACGGCUGGACCACAACGCCGGAGGGGAGAAAACUCUCCCAGAAGAGGAGGCAGAGGUGGAAGAAGAGGAGGCAGAGGUGGCCGCACUCUAGUUCGGCCAAAUCCACGACGAGGCCUCCAUUUGGUAGAUGAAGAAACUGAUGAUGAAGCAGGGGAUCCUACUUUUGCAGCACCAGAGGCUCAAGCUCUAUCCUCCAGCUCCUCCGAGUCAUCAUCCAACAUUUCACCUCCCCUAGCAUCAACUCAGGGGGAGACAUCUCAGCCCAGCAUGGCAACAGCAGCCUCUCAACAUCCUGUUCCAGAAGGUGUUGCUGCACCUGUUUCUGAAGGUGUUGCUGCACCUGUUCCAGAAGAUGCUGCUGCACCCACUGUUUCAGCAAAUGUUCCUCAGAAUGCUGCUGAGGGUGCUGCUCCUUAUCAGGAUGAAGAAAUGCCUGAUUUCUCUGGGAUGUCUUCUGCAGAGCAUGUUGACAUUCCCAUUGUUGAUGCUCAGGAGUUCACUACUACUAAAGAAACUCCAUCAGUCCCUCAUGCAGACCCUCUGGAAACCCUGGCAGAAGCAGCAGUUCAAGCAGAUACAUCUGCUCCUCAAGCUGAAGAACCAGAGAAGAGUGAUGACAGCUGGGAGGUUCCUCUUGCUGCAUUUCGCAAAAAAUUGCCAUCUUCAGAUUCAGACAGUGAAUCUUCUGAAGACUCUUCUCAGCAGGAAGAAGAUGUUGUCCCACCUGCUGCAUCACCUGAACCAGCAUACAUUCCAGAUGAACUGGAAGAUUCAGAAGAUGAAGACACCUCAGAAGAAGAAGAAGAACCAGACUUGGAUGGGAAGAAUUUGUCAACCGUUUUUGAGCUUACUCACUCUCUAGCUCAGAUUACCUAUCACCAGACCAUGGUGGACAUGCUCCAAAAGGCUCUUUCUGAUCAAAAAGGGGGAGAAAAAGGUCAUGAGGCUGAAGCUGGAACUUCUCACCCUUUGGAUGCCAGAGGCAGAGGGCAAGGAGGAGUCAAUGAAGGGGGAGCAAAGAAUGAGGGUGAAGAUCAAGAAGCAGAGGAGAGCAGUGGAUCCAGUGCUGGUGAUGGAGGAGCAGCAGCUAACACUGAAGAGACUUUGGAGAUUCUACUUUAA